GAAAGGUUGAGGGAUUUUUUCUAUUGAAUGCACACAAAACAAUGAUUUUGAACAGGCGAACUCAACGGUCCUCUGUUUCCUGCCUGUAGCUGGGUCCUGUAUGGAAGCCCGUGCAAGGCUGUCCCGGAGACCCCGCGCUGCCUGCACCUCUAUCGUCUCGGUUGACAUGGACGAUGAAGAUGGCAGGUGCCUGCUAGAUGUCAUUUGUGAUCCAGAAGCACUCAACGAUUUUCUUCAUGGAUCAGAGAUACAUUGCCACGUUCCAGAGGUACCACCCCCAGUCCAGCUGUCGUCCAAUGAGCAGCAAGGCCUGCCCCGGGUCAGCGUGGACCUGGACUUCCUGGAAGAUGACGUCAUCCUGGGCGGGUCGCCGGGCGACGACGGUAGCAACGGCAUCGGAGGCAACGCCAUGGUGCCAUGUGACAUUCUGCAACAGAGCCUGGCGGAGGCUAACAUUACAGAGCAGAGCCUGCAGGAGGCUGAGGCAGAGCUGGACCUGGGCUCCUUCGACCUCACCAUGCCAGGCCUGACUCAGGUGGUCCAGACCCUGCCCUGUACAGACAGCCUGACUGGGCCUGGAGGGACCGCUGUGGGGGUGGGGCUCCCCAUCUUCCCUGGAGCUCCAGACUCCUCCGCCACCCCUCCCCAGGCCACAGCUGACAUGCUGGGCUCGGUGCUGGCCCAACAGGGCCUGGAGUUUGGGCCCCAGGUCAUGAACAAGGCCCAGGCCAUCAGUAUGCAGCCGUUCAUGCAGCAGGUGGCAGGCCUGGGUAACGUCACCCUUCAGCCAAUCACCUCCCUUCAGGCUCUACCAAACGGCUGUCAGUCAGGACACCUGGGACUGGGACAGAUACAGGUGAUGGGCCAGCCCACCGUGAUGACUAUGAACCAAUCAGGACAGCCCAUCCUGGCCAAAGGUAUGGGAGGAUACCAGCUGCACCAGCCUGGCCCCGAGGCACAGGUGCCUGGUGGGCAGGGCGGACUGGGAGGGGGACUUCUGAUCCAAGGGGGCAAAGCCACUCUGGGACCUCCUGCUUUAAACGGACCAGCGGUGUGUGGUGGCAGCAGUACCACAGGAACCUUGGUUGGGUUCAGUAGCCCCGGACUGGCACAACAUGGGCAAAACCAUCCCCAAGGACAGAUCAUGCAGAACCUGAUCAUCCAGCGGACCCCGACCCCCAUCCAGCCCAAACCCCCUCAAGGGGGCGCGGCCAUCCAGCCCAAACUGUUUAAGCAGCAGCAGACCCAGCCCCACGCCUUCCAGAACGAUUCCAACAAGCCUCUUGGGGGUCAGGUUCCUGUCUCCGCUGCCCAGAAUGUAACCUUCCUGACAGGCAAGCCUGGUUCUAACGUGGUCCUGACCUCCCAGGCAGGGGUUUCCCAGCAGGCACUGUUCAAACAGCAGACAGCUCACCACCCCUCUGGGAAAGCGCUCAGUGUCCAUCUGCUCAAUCAGCCCGGCAGCAUCAUGCUGGGGGGGCAGAACCACCAGUUCCUCUUGCCGCAGCAGCUAGCCGGGGGUCAGAUCCUCACACAGCAUCCUGGGGGCCACAUCAUCACCUCCCAGGGGCCUGGGGGCCAGCUGAUAGCCAAUCAGAUCCUGGCUCAGCACCAGAACAUCAACCUGGGCCAGGUGUUGAUGUCUCAGGGCCACAUCCAGCUGCAGCCGGGUCAGAUGGGGGUUGGACAUCAGCUUUUCCAGAUGCCUGUUACCCUGUCGCAGAGCCAGACCCACCCGGUCACGGGCCACCAGACCCACCCGGUCACGGGCCACCAGGCCCACACAGUGAUCCAGGGCAUGCCCCUGCAGAACUCCCUGGCCAUGCUGAGCCAGGUGGAGGGGGUGAGUCCUGCUGUCAGUCUGCAGCCCGCUCUGCAACCGCAGCCGGGGGGCGUUCCCAGCAGCGGGAUGGGCGGGGCGGCUGCCAUGGCACAGGGCCAGCCUGGGGAGAGUGGGAGCUGUACAGACCAGGCAGCCCAUCCUGGACAACCCCCACAGCACUCCUCCAUCCUCUCUAUGCAGACUGGGCCCUCUGUCUCUGUGGCUGUCUCUGUCCCCUCCUCUUCUCCAUCCUUAUCUGUGUCCACCACGUCAGCCCAGCAGCAGCACAGCCCUGGGAGCAGGGUGCUCUUCACAGGGCCACAAGGCUCCAGCAUGAUCCUCAGCCAGGAACACCUUCAGAUGUUCCUUCAGCAGGACCAGCGACAGACAGAGAAUGACCCCGCCCCCUCUCUCUCAGUGGGCGUGCCAGCGUCCGUUAUCGUCAGCAGCAACAGCAGCUCUGGCCACACACCCUCGGGUCUUGACAGCCAAUUAGCAGAGGCAGCAGUGGUAAACCAGAUGCCCCAGGCGGCUGGACAGCAGUUGAAGCUCCAGAGCCUGUCCCCCUCCCAGCCCCUGGCCUCCCACACUGCUCCCCCUCUGUCGGACAGCCCUCAGCCCUCCCCCUUCCCCCUGCAGUCCCCCCACCACCAUGGCCAGUCCCGCACCCCCUCCCAGCCACAGACCCCCGUCCGCUCCUGCACCCCCUCAUCUCUUCCCCCAAUGUUCAUUAUCCACAACCAGAUCCCUGGCUCCCCCCAGCCUGCCCAACAACAGCAACAACAGCAGCACAUCCAGUCCCGGCCCCCCUCCCAGCCUGCUCUCUACCAACCUGACGUCCCCCCUCCCACCUGUUCCCCCAAACCCCCCCAGACUCUCCAGGGCCCUCCUGCAGGGUUCCAAUUCACGGUGCCCGAGGUGGGGGCCCCCGGCGGUGGAGUGGUGAAGACCCAGGUCCCACUGCAGCUCCAGGCUCUGUCCAUCGCUCAGCCCAUCGCUCAGCCAAUCGCUCAGUCCUCUCCACAACAGAAACUACACCAGGUCCAACAGAACAUUUUACUACAGGCCAAACAACAGCAGCACAGCCAACCCCAAACUCCACCCCAACAACAGGCCCAGUUCAGCUCACAGCAGGAUGUGCCUGCUCUGCUCAUCCCCCAACAACAGGCCCAGUUCAGCUCACAGCAGGAUGUGCCUGCUCUGCUCAUCCCCCAACAACAGGCCCAGUUCAGCUCACAGCAGGAUGUGCCUGCUCUGCUCAUCCCCCAACAACAGGCCCAGUUCAGCUCACAGCAGGACGUGCCUGCUCUUCUCAUCCCCCAACAACAGGCCCAGUUCAGCUCACAGCAGGACGUGCCUGCCCUGCUCAUCCCCCAACAACAGGCCCAGUUCAGCUCACAGCAGGAUGUGCCUGCUCUGCUCAUCCCCCAACAACAGGCCCAGUUCAGCUCACAGCAGGACGUGCCUGCCCUGCUCAUCCCCCAACAACAGGCCCAGUUCAGCUCACAGCAGGAUGUGCCUGCUCUGCUCAUCCCCCAACAACAGGCCCAGUUCAGCUCACAGCAGGAUGUGCCUGCUCUGCUCAUCCCCCAACAACAGGCCCAGUUCAGCUCACAGCAGGCGUCUGUGCUGGUCAAGACUCCUGCCACAGCAUCCAAUGACGUGCAGGUGUUCUCAGGAGUGCAGGGUCAAGGUAGAGUUGAGGUGAACCAAGGGGGCGUGGCUCCAGCUAGUUUUAACCAGUCAGGACACCAGCCUGGUCAACAGUGCCUACAUCAGUCUGUGCAGUCAACGCCUGAAGGCCUGAUUGGUCAGACGGGAGGGAGGAGCCUGGGGAUGAUCCAGGUGAUUGGGUCAGGUCUGGGUCAUAUGAUGUCAACACAGCAGACCACUGGUCUGGUCUCGCUACAAACACAGACUGCUACUAUGAAGAUGCCUUUCAGUAUUGCUGAACCCAGCAAGGAAGCCAGGAUGUUGGAGCAGCUGAGGAAACAGCAGGGCUCAGUCCUCCACCCAGACUACAGUUCUUCCUUCCAGUGUUUUGAAGACACCCUGACCCGCCUGGUGCCUUACCACCUCUACCAGGGCACUGCCACCGCACCACACGACUACCACAGAGGUACACGCACCCUGACCCGCCUGGUGCCUUACCACCUCUACCAGGGCACUGCCACCGCACCACACGACUACCACAGAGGUACACACACCCUGACCCGCCUGGUGCCUUACCACCUCUACCAGGGCACUGCCACCGCACCACACGACUACCACAGAGGUACACGCACCCUGACCCGCCUGGUGCCUUACCACCUCUUACCACCACACGACUACCACAGAGGUACACACACCCUGACCCGCCUGGUGCCUUACCACCUCUACCAGGGCACUGCCACCGCACCACACGACUACCACAGAGUGGAUGAUGAGUUCGAGAGGGUUUCCAGCCAGCUCCUGAAGAGAACGCAGGCCAUGCUGGAUAAAUACAGACACCUGCUUUUUGAGGAAUCAACGCGCCUCGGCCCGUCAGCUGAGAUGGUAAUGAUGGACAGGAUGUUUAUUCAGGAGGAGAAGAUCUCUCUGGGACAGGACCGCAUCCUCGCCAGGGACAGACCUGAGGAGUAUGUGGCCAACUCGAAGAUGCUGGAGCGGGAGAGUGGAUCUGCCAGCAUGCCCCAGCCCCAGUCUUUUGUGUCGGCUGAGCCCAGCGCCGUGUGGAGUAGUGUAUCUGCGGCAGGGGCAGAUAAAGCUCCCAUCCCCAUCGCAGCUUCGACACCGGCCCACUUCCCCUCCACCAAGCUGGUUAUAAAGCAGGGAGGAGCAGGGGCGUCUGUCUCCUGGUCCAGCUCCCCAGUUCCUGUAGCCAGGUCGGGGUCAGGGGUCAGGCAGACAUCCGACACCCAGAGUCACAGCUCCUCCUUCAGCCACGGUCCUCCGCCGCCUCCCUCCUCCAACUCCUCCUACCGCCCCUUCUCCUCCAACUCCUCCUACCGCCCCUCCUCUCGUCCAGCUGAUGAAGAUGAUGGUGAUUCUCUUCCCCAGAGGACCAGUAAACCUCCCAUGAAGACUUACGCCGCCCGCCCACGCAUCGGCUUGAAGCUCAAGAUCAAACAGGAAGCGGGAUUUAGUAAGGUGGUACACAACACUGCCCUCGACCCGGUCCACACACCACCCCCCCCCCAGCCUCAAGCCCAACCACAGCCUACCCCCCAGCCUCAAGCCCAACCACAGCCUACCCCCCAGCCUCAAGCCCAACCACAGCCUACCCCCCAGCCUCAAGCCCAACCACAGCCUACCCCCCAGCCUCAAGCCCAACCACAGCCUACCACCCAGCCUCAAGCCCAACCACAGCCUACCACCCAGCCUCAAGCCCAACCACAGCCUACCACCCAGCCUCAAGCCCAACCACAGCCUACCACCCAACCCCAAUCAGCACUGACACAGCCUACCACCCAGCCCCAAUCAGCACUGACACAGCCUACCACCCAGCCCCAAUCAGCACUGACACAGCCUACCACCCAGCCCCAAUCAGCACUGACACAGCCUACCACCCAGCCCCAAUCAGCACUGACACAGCCUACCACCCAGCCCCAAUCAGCACUGACACAGCCUACCACCCAGCCCCAAUCAGCACUGACACAGCCUACCACCCAGCCCCAAUCAGCACUGACACACCCUACCACCCAGCCCCAAUCAGUACUGACACAGCCUACCACCCAGCCCCAAUCAACACUGACACAGCCUACCACCCAGCCCCAAUCAGCCCAACCACAGCCUACCACCCAGCCCCAAUCAACACUGACACACCCAAAAGCCCGAGCCGUAGCAGCACUGGCCACGCCUCCUUCUAUAACUACUGUCAUUAGGACUCCGCCCCCUACCUGUAAUGCCACUUCCUCUGCAACGGUCUCCAUAGCAACCACACAGGCGACCCCCAGCCCCCUCCAGAGAGUCACAGCCCCCCCACCCCCAUCCUCCUCUUCCUAUCACCCUUGGUCUUCAUCAUCAACGACAACACCAUCCUCGUCCUCCUUCACUGCUCAGAUGAACGGAACGUUAGAACAUCACAAUGUGGGUGGAGUCGAGCGUAACCCCGCCUCCACGGUCACGCCUCCUCAGACCACUUGCCGCCUACCGCUACGGAAGACUUACCGGGAGAACAUCAGCCCGCGCGUCCGACCGGGCGUACCGGGAGGAGGAGGAGACAGUGUCCCGUACCCCCGUCCCUCCCCCUCACCCCCCAAAUCUCCCCUCCCACCGCCCUCCUCCUCACCCUCUGCCCUCUCGGAGCGGACAGUGAUCGCCAACGUGAAGUUGGAGAAGAGAGGAGGCAGCUCCAGGGAGGCGGGCUCCCACCCCUACACAGAGCCCAGCCGAGAGGCCCCGAGGCUGGGGAACUCCACCUCCUCCUCCCCUGGCUUAGUGCAAGGUCUGGAGCAAAUGGAGGUGUUGUACCGUGGCAUCAAAAACACAAACCCUCACCUCUCAGACAGAUCCAGAGACAGUGAGGGGGACAGAGGGGACAGAGGGGCGGACGUGGGGAGGUGUAAAAGGGUGAGCAGUAAAAACCAUCAGAGGUCAGGGAGCGGAACAUUCAGAAUGGACCAGCAUGCCCCUGGGCCCCCGUCCACGCCGUCAGAUGCUUCCUGUUACAGAGACUCAUCACUUCCUGCUAAGCGCUGUAAGUCGGACUCCCCUGACAUGGACAACGCCUCCUUCUCUUCCGGUUCCCCGCCACACGAUGAGUCUCUUAACGAGCACCUGCAGUGUGCCAUCGACUCCAUCCUCAACCUGCAGGGCCAAGCCCAGGGACCCACGCCGCGCGGGGCCAAAGGGGGCUCCGCCAAGCCACACCACAGUCAGCGCGCCACGGGCCCCCAGUCCUCCUCAAACACACACAGACCCUCAGUCUCCUCCUCUUCCUCAUCCUCCUCCUCUUCUCAGGUUGGAGGCAGAGGACGCAACGGCGGCCUGGUGCCACAGACUCAAGGCAGAUAACACACACACACACACACACACACACACACACACACACACACACACACGGGACAGUAGAGACUGAAGAGGAGGAGAGGUGCACAGAGAAGUCUCACUGUGCUUUGAUAAACUGUUUGUCCAUCUGAAUGUUGUCUACUUUACAACAUGACCCAAUGCUCUCAGUCACACCAUGGAUGGGUGGAUGGUGACGACUCUCUCUCUCUGUAAAAAGGUAUCAUGCUUUACUCUGGAAGUCUCCUCUGCUCUCUCAACCACGCUCAAUCAUUCAUUAGAGUAAUUAGUCUUGAGGUUUUUCAUUCACACGCUGUAUUCCAUUACAUUCCUUAGUUCAUCAUGUUUCGUCUGUCUGUCUGUCUGCUCGUCUGUCUGUCUGCUCGUCUGUCUGUCUGCUCGUCUGUCUGCUCGUCUGUCUGUCUGUCUGCUCGUCUGUCUGCUCGUCUGUCUGUCUGCUCGUCUGUCUGCUCGUCUGUCUGUCUGUCUGUCUCCUGGUUAAUAAUAACACUUUGGUCAUGUUCACGAGGUAUGAAACGGGUGAAAAGAAUUCUGAAACUACACAAACUAGUCCAAUAAGAACACAGAUUUUUGUUUUCUGUUGCAAACGGUUUUACUACGGUGUGUCCUACUGAACACUACUGAGGGGACUCUCCCUACAGCCUGCUGUCACUAGGUAACCCACACCAGGAAGAGAGAGGUCUGGUAUAGAACGCCCUACAGCCUGCUGUCACUAGGUAACCCACACCAGGAAGAGAGAGGUCUGGUAUAGAACGCCCUACAGCCUGCUGUCACUAGGUAACCCACACCAGGAAGAGAGAGGUCUGGUAUAGAACGCCCUACAGCCUGCUGUCACUAGGUAACCCACACCAGGAAGAGAGAGGUCUGGUAUAGAACGCCCUACAGCCUGCUGUCACUAGGUAACCCACACCAGGAAGAGAGAGGUCUGGUAUAGAACGCCCUACAGCCUGCUGUCACUAGGUAACCCACACCAGGAAGAGAGAGGUCUGGUAUAGAACGCCCUACAGCCUGCUGUCACUAGGUAACCCACACCAGGAAGAGAGAGGUCUGGUAUAGAACGCCCUACAGCCUGCUGUCACUAGGUAACCCACACCAGGAAGAGAGAGGUCUGGUAUAGAACGCCCUACAGCCUGCUGUCACUAGGUAACCCACACCAGGAAGAGAGAGGUCUGGUAUAGAACGCCCUACAGCCUGCUGUCACUAGGUAACCCACACCAGGAAGAGAGAGGUCUGGUAUAGAACGCCCUACAGCCUGCUGUCACUAGGUAACCCACACCAGGAAGAGAGAGGUCUGGUAUAGAACGCCCUACAGCCUGCUGUCACUAGGUAACCCACACCAGGAAGAGAGAGGUCUGGUAUAGAACGCCCUACAGCCUGCUGUCACUAGGUAACCCACACCAGGAAGAGAGAGGUCUGGUAUAGAACGCCCUACAGCCUGCUGUCACUAGGUAACCCACACCAGGAAGAGAGAGGUCUGGUAUAGAACGCCCUACAGCCUGCUGUCACUAGGUAACCCACACCAGGAAGAGAGAGGUCUGGUAUAGAACGCCCUACAGCCUGCUGUCACUAGGUAACCCACACCAGGAAGAGAGAGGUCUGGUAUAGAACGCCCUACAGCCUGCUGUCACUAGGUAACCCACACCAGGAAGAGAGAGGUCUGGUAUAGAACGCCCUACAGCCUGCUGUCACUAGGUAACCCACACCAGGAAGAGAGAGGUCUGGUAUAGAACGUCCUACAGCCUGCUGUCACUAGGUAACCCACACCAGGAAGAGAGAGGUCUGGUAUAGAACGCCCUACAGCCUGCUGUCACUAGGUAACCCACACCAGGAAGAGAGAGGUCUGGUAUAGAACGCCCUACAGCCUGCUGUCACUAGGUAACCCACACCAGGAAGAGAGAGGUCUGGUAUAGAACGCCCUACAGCCUGCUGUCACUAGGUAACCCACACCAGGAAGAGAGAGGUCUGGUAUAGAACGCCCUACAGCCUGCUGUCACUAGGUAACCCACACCAGGAAGAGAGAGGUCUGGUAUAGAACGCCCUACAGCCUGCUGUCACUAGGUAACCCACACCAGGAAGAGAGAGGUCUGGUAUAGAACGCCCUACAGCCUGCUGUCACUAGGUAACCCACACCAGGAAGAGAGAGGUCUGGUAUAGAACGCCCUACAGCCUGCUGUCACUAGGUAACCCACACCAGGAAGAGAGAGGUCUGGUAUAGAACGCCCUACAGCCUGCUGUCACUAGGUAACCCACACCAGGAAGAGAGAGGUCUGGUAUAGAACGCCCUACAGCCUGCUGUCACUAGGUAACCCACACCAGGAAGAGAGAGGUCUGGUAUAGAACGCCCUACAGCCUGCUGUCACUAGGUAACCCACACCAGGAAGAGAGAGGUCUGGUAUAGAACGCCCUACAGCCUGCUGUCACUAGGUAACCCACACCAGGAAGAGAGAGGUCUGGUAUAGAACGCCCUACAGCCUGCUGUCACUAGGUAACCCACACCAGGAAGAGAGAGGUCUGGUAUAGAACGCCCUACAGCCUGCUGUCACUAGGUAACCCACACCAGGAAGAGAGAGAUCUGG